AGUGCACAAUAAUAUUAUUGUGCACUCUCAGUAUCUGGUUUCGAUACUGCGUACCGUGCGUAGUUAUGAAUUUGUGUUGUUUUAUGACUUUCAUCGCUUACUUUUUUUUGCUUUUUUUUUACAACUGUCUUAUGCCUUCUCAGUUCAGGACCUCUGGUUGUAUUUCCAUCUAUAUAUUCGACAGCCGACCAUUACGGAGGCCUUCCCUGUUGCGACUAUGCACGGUGUAAUAUCUCUUAAGUGUAUUCAACGAGGAUGUCAUCCUUGGUAUUCCACUGGAACUUUGGCUACGGAGAAGAUUCUCAGCGGUUUAUGCAGUAUGGAGCAGCGAAUGUUGGCGAGUACGGGAAAGAAAGUUGUCGAUGAUGCAGAGGAGCAGGUUCGCUUCAUCCGCGAAGCUGAGAAGCGACGCCGUAACAAAAAUUUCAGUCUAAAGCGUUUCGAAGAAGAUUCACGAGCUAUUCACGGGAAGGUUAUUCAAGUGCCCCAAGGCAAACUUCGCGGCGAGAUGCCAAAGGAGGUAUCUGCGGAAGCAUGGGCGCGUGCCAGGAAUUUCGCGAUUAAUUUCAACGAACAGUCAGCAUUGCUCUUUGGUUCGCGCUUGGAAACUCUUCCCGAGCCGCUGCAGCAGGUGUGCACGUGGGUCAAUACGGGUAAGCAGAGAAGAAUGCAAGGGCACGUUCCUCCCAUGCCUCCAGAGGUGCACGAUGAUCUGUUCAUUUUGGAUCAGUCAGAUCUGUUCCACAGUGCAACUCGCAGACCUUUUAAGAAAGCGUCCGACGUAUUGCCUGUACCACCGGAGCCAAUGACGAAAAGCAGCGACAAAACAGAUAAGAAAGCCGCGAGAAAAGAAAAGAAAAAAGAUAAACCGAUUCAAAUAGCUGAAAAAGAGGGAUUAAAAGCGCUGUCUGGUUUACUGGAUGAGUCUCAGGGAGAAUUUAAGGCGGAAAACCUUGUUAUCUCUCAGCAGAACAUCGAAUCUGCUGCGAGUGUGGAAGUUUCGAAAACAGUUUCGAACCGUUCCUCCAGAGCCCGUUCCGAGUUCCGGAUAGUGCAGUUAAAAAAGGAGGCGGACCUAAAAUCUCUUGCGCAGUCUCCUUUUUUGAACAAACUGCGACCGAAUUACGUGGACGACGAUAGUGGCUUCUCUCUCCUAACACCGAUGGUACUCCAAAUUUCUCCCCAGGAUCUUACAUCUCUUUCACUUGGGCCGGAUAGUUAUCCCUCCGUUACCACGAUUUUGGACGUUACGAUGUCUCCUGAAAGCCGGCUACGGUUAGAUGCGUGGAAAAAGAGUAAAAUCGAAGAAUUGGGAUUGGAAGGCUUUCAGAAAUUCCAACAACAAUUGUUUGACAACGGAAAACAGUUCCACACGGCAGUCGAAAGUGUCCUCCGGGGAAUGGAGCCGCAGUCAGUAGAGGUGUCCAAACCAGUUGAAGGAUACUGGGAGAGUUUGAAGAAUGUCUUCAAAGAUAUUUCCGACGUCGAAGUGAUUGAGGAAAAGGUUGUGCAUCCAUUCUUGUGCUACAAAGGCGUCACGGACUGCAUCGUGAAACUGGAUGGCACUUUAUCCGUGAUUGACUGGAAAACUUCCGGUACCAAGAAGGUAACCGCUGCUUCCUUGUACGACAAUCCGCUGCAGGUUGCCGCCUACAUCGGCGCUGUGAAUUUCGAUGAAAUCAACGAGAAACAACUGCAAAUUGCUCACGGUGCAGUGGUGGUGGCUUAUUCUACGGGUGAACCGGCUAGUGUGAUACAUUUUGAUUUGAAUUUAAUCCGGAAAUACUGGGGGCACUGGCUUCGAAGACUGCAGCAGUACUGGCGACUGGCUGCGGCUGAACAGCGUUUACCAAAACGAAUACGGGACGACGGUAUAUAAUAUGGGUGAUUCGGCGAAAUGUUUGGUCGAUUUCCGGACAACCUUUCGCCACCUUGAAUCCUUCUGUUGAUUGGCAUCCUGUGGUUUAGACAUGCGACUGCUGUUUUCGGCCUUCUGCUGCCUUUUUUGUAAUUUGGCCUCUAUUGCAGUGUGAUCGAAAUAAAAAAACAUUAAUGUGAAAAGCGGAUAUAAAGGUCGUGCUAAUUAUUAUCACAAUUUAAGCGGUUGUUGCUGCAGCCUUGGGUGGUUAAUAAUUUCUGGCGUAUGAUGAUCCACGAAUCUUUGCGAUACGAUUCGUAAGUGUUCGGGAAGAUUUGUAGCCACUUACGGUGACUUACCUUAGACAAACCUUUGUUGUUAAUCGUCAACAGUUUGGGUAUUUCAUUCCACAAAAAUAAACAGU